AUGACGGUCCAUGACGGUUGGAGGCCAGACUUCACCGAUCUGUGGCCUACUUUGCGAAAGGAGUCUGGCGUCACAGAGCACUCCAAGGGCAAAGGCAACGGGAAGAAAAGGACAGACCGGGCCCUAGCGAAGCUACCGCGGUGGCAGCCGGUGGAUGUGCAGCUGAUGUUUGAUCAGGCCCUUCUGCCGGGACCUUUUUUGCUCGACGUUCUCCCGUCGAUGUACAGCAAUUUCGUGCAUCUCAAGCCUGAGGUGGACACCAACGGCACCUUCAUAAGCGACCACCUGGGCCUGUUGACAUUGAGCAAAACGCAGAUGUGUCGAGGUCGCAAGAUGGCUGACGACACCGCAAGCCAGCUCGUGACAGGUUUUUCCAUGUAUCUGCUGCCACUCCGCAAAGCGGACGUGUGA